UGGGAGCAUCUCCGUCCCCCUCCCCUCUCUAUUUGGGAUACCCAUGUGGGGCAGCCCCAUGGGCUCUGCCGGGGUCCCCCUGCUGCUGCUGCUGCUGCUGCUGCUGCUGGUGGGGGCGCUGUGCCGGCGGGUCCCCGGAAGCGAAGCGGGGAAGGAGCCCCCCGCCCAUUUCUUGCACCAGGGGAAGAUAGAGUGCCGCUUCCUGAACGGGACGCAGCGGGUGCGCUACCUGGAGAGGUACUUCUACGACCGGCAGGAGAUUGACCGCUUCGACAGCGACCUCGGGAAGUACGUGGCCGUGUCCGAGUUGGGGCAGCCCGAGGCCGACCAUUGGAACAGCGAUAAGGACCGCCUGCAGUACAAGAGGGCCGCUGUGGAUCGCUUCUGCCGGCACAACUAUGACGUUUCCCGGGGGAAUCAUGUGAUUGGCCGGAGAGCCAAGCCCACCGUCACCAUCUCCCCCACCAAGGCGGACCCCGCAUCCCCCAACACCAUCCUCCUCUGCACCGCGACUGGCUUUUACCCCCUGGAGAUCGACAUCCGGUGGCUGAAGAACGGGCGGCUGGAGAAGGAGGGUGUCGCCUUCGGGGAGGAGCUCCAGAACGGAGACUGGACCUACCAGCGCCAGGUGAUGCUGGAGACCCGGCCCGAGCGUGGGGACGUCUACGCUUGCCAGGUGGGGCACGCCAGCUUGGAGGCCCCCAUCACCAUCCAGUGGGAGCCACGUUCCUCCAACUCUGCCAGGAGCAAACUCUGGACGGGGGCCGUGGGGGCCGUGCUGGGGGUGGCCUUCCUGGCUGUGGGGCUCUCCCUCUACCUGAAGAGCAAGAAAGGUGAGUCUUUGGGGCUGGAUAAGGAGAGAUGCGGAGGGGAUCAUCAACCUCCAUCCAACAACCUGCAGGAGUUGCUGCGGCUUGUAGGUUGGAGCCUGAAGGAUGGAGCUUUCACGCCAACGGGCGAGGCCCUCUGGAGAGACGGGCUCUAUUUACAGCCCUGUGUGAUGAGGGAAGGAGCUCGUGUCAACAUGGAAGAUCAUCUGUAUAAACGUACAGAGUGUGGAAAGAGCUUUGCUCGAAGCAGCCGACUUGCCUCCCAUAAAAGGCUCCACGCAGGGCAGAAACCUCAUGAAUGCCCGGAGUGUGGAAAGGCCCUCCGUGAACUUGGUGGCCUUACUAUUCAAGUCCCAGAAGGGCUCCGGGAUGCAGCAGUCAAGAUCCGCUCUGUGUCCAAGCACCAGUUCAGGACUUCGGUGCUUCCCUGGCUUAUACGCCUGGGUGUCACCAGGACCUUGAUGACUCCUCAGCCCAAACUGCUGAAGGACCUCCCCGAGCACUUUCGUGCAGAGGCCAAGUUUGUUAUUUUGUCUCCAUUCCGUAAUUUAAAAAUUAAAAUCCUUCCUGCUUUUGGCCCUGCUGAUUCUCCCACAUCCUUCCUAUCUCCUUCUGCUUCCCCCCCAGCCAAGCCCACCGUCACCAUCUCCCCCACCAAGGCGGACCCCGCGUCCCCCAACACCAUCCUCCUCUGCACCACGACGGGCUUUUACCCCCUGGAGAUUGACAUCCGGUGGCUGAAGAACGGGCGACCGGAGAAGGAAGGCGUCACCUUCGGGGAGGAGCUGCAGAACGGCGACUGGACCUACCAGCACCAGGUGAUGCUGGAGACCCGGCCCGAGCGUGGGGACGUCUACGCUUGCCAGGUGGGGCACGCCAGCCUGGAGGCCCCCGUCACCAUCCAGUGGGAGCCACGUUCCUCCAACUCUGCCAGGAGCAAACUCUGGACGGGGGCCGUGGGGGCCGUGCUGGGGGUGGCCUUCCUGGCUGUGGGGCUCUCCCUCUACCUGAAGAGCAAGAAAGGUGAGUCUUUGGCAACCUCCAUCCAACAACCUGCAGGAUGGAGGUUUGAGGCGGUGGGUUGGCGAGAAGAGGAGAAUCGCAGCCGGGACCCCGGCUGCCUCUUCCUCCACGCUGAUCCCGGAUCUCCCUCAACCCGGCCCUCCCCAUCCUGGCUGCUCCCUGGACAUCCGCCUGCCUGCCCCCUCGGCCAGUCCCGAACCAUCUCUGCCUCCCUCUUCGCGCGGCAUCACACUGACAACAAAGGAAAAACAUCCCAUUCCCCUGAUGUGAGUGGGACUUUGGCACACCUCGGCCGCCGCCAAGCUGCUUCGGAAAUGUGCGGCAUUGGGAUUUCUGUCCGUAGGAAGCUGGCCCUCCCUCCAUCCCGAGGCACGGGGGUCUCGGUGGAUCACGUGGCACUGAGGACAGAGAACCCGGGGCAGGCUGAGAGGCCAAGAGCCUGCCCACGGAGGGCUGCGUCUGCCUGGUGA